CAUUGUAAAAGCUUUACGCUUUAACAUAGAUUUGAUAACAUUAACUGAGAAUCUCGUGCAGUGUUUGCGAGAGCGAAAUUUUUAUUUAAAGUUAUCAACAAACUCAUCAUAAAGUAAAAAUAUUUCAAAUACACAUAUUGACUAGCGGUAUUUCGAAGCUCCACUCGCCACACUCAUCCUCCACAAGUGGGGAGUCUUUCCAGCUUUGUUUUAUUUUUGUUAUGAGUAUCGUGGCAUAGGCAUUCAUAAGCGCUUCGUGUGCAUAGCAGCAUGUAGAACACUUUAAAAAUGCUAUUCAAAAGGAUGUUCGGCUCAGUCAAGUUUGAGACGUUGUCGUGUUGAGACCAAAAGCGGAUAAAUACGCUGCGAAAAUCGCCAGCCGUGAACGCGUUGGUUAAAGUAGUUAAUAUAAAUACAUAUGUACAAUGGUGUGUUUGUAAAGAAGCUAUAGUGUAUGGAAUAAUCUAUAUGCAUAUAAGAGAAAGCAACAAACAUUUAAUAGUGAGAGAUUUAAGUAAAUGUACUGUACAGCUUACAGUAUAUUUCAAUUGUGGUUUAAAAAAUAAGAAAGUACUAAUAAUUGUGCUGAAUUGAAUAUUGCAAAAAAUUAAGUAAUAUAAUAUACAUACCUAUAAUAAAAAAAUAAUAUGAAUCUUAGUUAAUUAUGAAAAAUUUGUGCAUGUUUUUUAGUGUCAGCCAUUUAUGAUACUCUACAAGGAUUCGAAGUAAAAUAACUGCACGCUAGAAAGUAUGCUACUAUAUUUUGAAAACAUGAAAAUUUAUUACCAAAUGUGGGUUCAUGUUUAAAAAUACUGGAGUGCGAAAUUAUAUAUUGUAGAUUUGAGUGAAAUGCUUGUGGGCCAGCCCCUAAUUGCAAAUAUUUACAAUUUGGCAGUGAAGUUAUAUAGAGUUUGAAAAAAGCGAAAAAAGGCAUAAACCUAUAAAAUAAAAAAAUUAAUUUUACAACGCAAGAACUGCAACAUUGUACUAUUUUCUAGAGUGCUUGUAACAAAUAAAGACUGUUGUUAGAAUUUUGUGCGAAAAAUUUCACACAAACUGACUUUUAAUUGAUUGGCGAGUGCCGAGCGAGCAGAACUACAGCUGAACAAGUGAAACAACGGUGGCAAUUGCUGAGUUCUUGUGUCGCAACAAAAAACGAGCUACAAAGUUUGCUGGCAGUGGUGUACGCCGCGGGCAGUGAGGCAGUGAGACAGCGUGUGUGGUGCGCGCGUGUGUGAAAUGGCAGGGGCGAGUAAGCGUGCAGUGGCAGCAGCAAUAAAUAAGUAAACAAAAGAAAACGAAAAACAAAAACAAACAUAAGCGCAACAAAACUAGAACAAAGGCGGAUUAGUCGAGCAAACUGCAGCAAGGAAGAAAAACGCGUCAGCACUAAGCGCAGCUUGUUCGGAAUAAGCUUAGUGGCUUGCCUUUGUAAGCGGCUAAAACAACAUUGUAUGUGUUGCAUGUCAACCUAGCUUAGCGAAUUACGUGAGUCAAACAGCAGGCGAUUGCAGCAGCGCGCUGAGCACUUACAGAUAUAUAGCGCACAUUUUUGACUUUGCCACCAGCUGUUUUGUUGGCCCUCAACACAUUUGACAGUUGCAACAGUUGCAGCAACAGCUAGAACGGCAAUAGCGUGCGUGACCUGAGCCAAGCAAAGCAAACACUGCCACUCCUAAAUACGUGCGCUAAUUGAAAAAUAAAGCGCGCAUUAGAAAAAUAACGGUAAACAACGGCAGGUGUGAAAUCGCGAGCAAGAGAGAAGUGUUGGAAGGUAGCAGCGGCAAAAGCUCAAAGCUGAAAGUCAAGAGUUCAAAAGCGCAAAAGCCACGGCGAAAGCGCAAUCACCGCAUCCGCUAAACUAACAAGCAUUUUUCAAUUGCAGCCGAAGCAGCUGCUGCAGAGGGAGUGAGGGAGUUCUGAAGGGCAACCCAGUGGCGCGAACACGCGCUUCACAACCCCACGUAAAUCGCUUGACACACGCUCAAUCGCUGCAAUUUGUGACGCACUGAAGUGGGAAUUGCAGCGCGGCGGCUGUGAGUGGAUACUGAGCGCGGUGUAGUUAAAGCGCAUAUAUACCGAGGCAAUCGUGUGUGAGCUGUUGACCUGUUAGGGCUGAACUGUUGUGUUGUGUAGUGACGUCAUUUAAUUUGCUGGCGAAAGUUGUGCAAACACCGCAGGGUUAAGCGUCGGCCUAGUUUCGCGCCAUCGUGUCGUACAGUUGUGAGCCGGGUCGUAAUAUAAACGCGCGUCGUUUCGGUUUGUCAUUCGCAAGAUACGAGCGUGCAUAUGUGUUUACUCGUGGUAGCAAGCAAUCACUGUGCAUACAUACACCACAUAUAUUAGUGUCUAUGCCCGAGCGGCUGCUAGUGUGUGCGUCCGCGCUUCUUUAAGCAAACACAAACACUAAGUCCAGUCAAGCGGUAGUCAGUCGUCUAUCAGCUGAGUGCACAUCGAGUAUAUCUCGCGCGCACAGCCAGCGCCAGUCCAGCAGUGUUAAAAAGGUGUACGUGUACACCGCCAUUCAACUGUUAUAUUUUGCGUACCUCGUACAUUACACUAGCCGAUUCCGUACUCACCACCUGUAGUUAGCAUGGCUCACCCAACGUCCUUGCUGGCAGGCGCGUCGUUAGCCGCGGCGUCAUCUUUGUCUUCGCGUCAAUACAGUGUCGCGUCGUCGUCCAGGCUGAGCGGCGAUAUCGGUCGUGGUCUAUUCGCCAUUGUUGUGCUGCUGUUGCGUAUGUCCUCCGUGUAUGGCGUCAUCGAUCGUUUGGUGGUGCAGACAUCGAGCGGUCCGGUGCGUGGUCGCUCCGUCACCGUGCAGGGUCGAGAAGUGCACGUGUACACAGGCAUACCGUAUGCCAAGCCACCAUUAGAUGAUUUACGAUUUCGCAAACCGGUGCCAGCGGAGCCCUGGCACGGUGUCUUGGAUGCAACGCGACUGCCGGCAACCUGUGUGCAAGAAAGAUAUGAAUAUUUUCCCGGUUUCUCUGGCGAAGAGAUAUGGAAUCCUAACACAAAUGUCUCCGAAGAUUGCCUGUACAUAAACGUGUGGGCGCCAGCGAAAGCGCGUUUGCGGCACGGACGUGGCGCUAAUGGCGGUGAGCACUCCAAUAAAGCUGACACUGAUCAUUUGAUACACAACGGAAAUCCGCAGAAUAUCACAAAUGGCUUACCCGUGCUUAUUUGGAUUUACGGUGGUGGCUUCAUGACCGGCACUGCCACACUGGAUAUAUACAAUGCGGACAUUAUGUCGGCUGUGGGUAAUGUCAUUGUGGCUUCGUUUCAAUAUCGUGUGGGCGCUUUUGGUUUCCUGCACCUGUCACCCGCUAUGCCGGGCUACGAGGAGGAGGCACCCGGCAAUGUGGGGUUGUGGGAUCAGGCAUUGGCUAUACGUUGGCUGAAAACGAAUGCUCACGCUUUCGGCGGUAAUCCCGAGUGGAUGACACUUUUUGGUGAAUCGGCUGGUUCGAGUUCGGUGAAUGCGCAACUUGUGUCGCCAGUGACGGCGGGUUUGGUGAAGCGGGGCAUGAUGCAAUCGGGCACAAUGAAUGCGCCCUGGAGUCAUAUGACGUCGGAGAAGGCCGUAGAGAUUGGCAAGGCGUUAAUCAACGACUGCAAUUGUAAUGCGUCGCUAUUGUCGGAAAAUCCACAAGCUGUGAUGGCCUGCAUGCGCGCUGUCGACGCCAAAACGAUUUCGGUGCAACAAUGGAACUCCUACUCGGGUAUUUUAAGUUUUCCAUCUGCGCCGACCAUUGAUGGCGCAUUUUUGCCAGAUCACCCCAUGAAAAUGAUGGAGACAGCCGAUCUACGUGGCUAUGACAUACUGAUGGGAAAUGUCAGAGACGAAGGCACCUAUUUUCUGCUUUACGACUUUAUCGAUUAUUUCGAUAAGGAUGAGGCGACUUCAUUGCCGCGUGAUAAAUAUUUGGAAAUUAUGAAUAACAUUUUUGGCAAAGUAAAACCAGCGGAACGCGAUGCAAUCAUUUUUCGGCAUACCAGCUGGGUUGGUAAUCCGGGUUUGGAAAAUCAGCAGCAAAUCGGGCGCGCAGUGGGCGAUCACUUCUUCACCUGCCCGACUAAUGAGUAUGCCCAAGCGUUGGCCGAACGGGGAGCUUCCGUGCACUACUACUACUUUACACACCGCACUAGCACUUCCCUAUGGGGUGAGUGGAUGGGCGUCUUGCACGGCGAUGAAAUCGAGUACUUCUUCGGUCAACCAUUGAAUACAUCGCUACAGUAUCGGCAAGUUGAACGAGAGCUGGGCAAGCGGAUGCUGAAUGCCGUUAUUGAAUUUGCUAAAACUGGCAAUCCCGCCACAGAUGGCGAAGAAUGGCCAAAUUUUUCGAAGAAAGAUCCAGUGUAUUACGUCUUUUCAACCGAUGAUAAAGAGGAGAAGCUGCAACGUGGCCCACUGGAAGGACGUUGCGCAUUCUGGAAUGAAUAUUUGCGCGAAGUCCGGAAAUGGGGAUCGCAAUGUGAAGUCAAACCAUCAUCCGCUUCCUCCCUGCAACAACAGCAACAACACUUGCUACUGCAACAAAGGAGCAUCGUGGCGUUCAUGUUGGCGCUGUCACUGGUUUUAAAAAUUCCGUCAGUAAAUGCAUUUUUCUAAAACACAAAAACCAUUUUAGGAGCUACAGACAGGCAAUAAAUGCAAAAAUUUACAACAACAACAAGAAUGAGAACAAGCUUAGUAUUAUAAAUGAAAACAUGAAGAAAACGACAAACAAUUUAUUAUUACCAACUAAACCAGAUACAAACACACGCACACAGGCGCACACCUACACACACAUAAAGGCUUAUAGCGAAACGUAUACUGAAAAUAAAUCAAUAAAUUUGUAAAGGGCAUUCAUUGUAGGAAGUGUAGUUAAUGUAAGUGUAGAUGCAGUUGGGCGGAAGAGUAGUAUAAAUAUACGAGUAUAUGUGUGUGUACAUAUGUAUGUACGUUUAUACAAUGUUAGGGGUCAAUUAUGUUUAAUUGAUAAAAAACGCACAUAUAACCAUUUAAUGUGAAAUGAAAAUUUGUGCGAGCAAAUUUCUUACGCACAUACAACAUAUACCAUAUACAUACAUAACAACGAGCAAAAGCAUUUGUGCUGCUUAUUCAGAAACUCUUGUGCGAAUUAAUGAGUAAGAUAAUAUAAAAAUAAUAUUUUAUAAAGUUUUUGAAACAAUUUAAAAUAUUACAAUAUUUAUUUAACAUUUUUUAUAAUUUUCGUAAAUACUUUUUAAAAAUUUUAAAAUAAUUGAUAUUGUUUUAUAAAUAUAUUUUUAAUAUUUUUUUUGUUAUUUCAAAAUUUUUAAUUAAUUAAUCAUCAUUCCCUUUAGUAAAAAAUGUGUCUUAUUUUUAUAAUAAUUACUAAACUUUCAAUUAAUUUAUUUAAUUGUUGAUUUUUUUUUAACAAAUUGUUUCAAAUAAAAACUUUUUCACGUGUUGUUUUUUUUUUUUUUUAAUUAUAAUUUUUGAUUACUGUUUUAUAAAUUUUUAAUUAAUUUUUUAAUAAUUUUUUUGAUUAUUAUUUUUUUAUAUUUAUUUUUUCGAUAAGUAAUUUUUUUCCGUUUUAUUAGGUUUUUGUAAUAAUUGCUAAGUUUUAAUUACUUUGCUGAUACAUUUUUUAUAUUAUUUUUUUAUAUUGUUUUUUGAAAAAGUAAUUUUUUAACCGAUUUAUUAAUUAAUUUUUAUAUUUGUUUUAAUAUAUAUAUUUUUAAUAUGUUUGUUUGUAAUAAUUACAAAAUUUUUAUUUAAUUUUUUUUAAUACAGUUUUUAAAAUAAGAUUUUUUUCGAUUAUUUAAUUUAAUAUUAAUCAAAUAAUAUUUCAUUUCAAGUUUUAGAUUAUUCUUAAAUACUUACUGAUAUUUUUUUUAAAUUUUAUUUGGACAAGAAUUUCUGUAAAACGAACGUAAUCGCACACACACACACGUACGCACAUUAAAAUACUUUUUUACCAUUGCGCCAGCUGCCGAGCAGCCGAAACACUUUAGCUUGGAGAACCCAACCAAAGUAGUUAAUUGUUUUUUGUAAGCCAAAUGGCACAUUCCAACAUUUUAAUGGCAUAUACAAACAUACAUAUGUAUUUGUGACAAUUGAAAAAUUAAUAAAAUUAUACAAAAUUGGACUACCGCAGGCAUAGGUUUUUACAAUCAACUAAAUUUCGAAUACGAAGUUAAAUUAAAACAAAAAAUAUAUAAAUUUUUAUCGACGACGAAAAACGUAUCGAAAAUUUGCCGAAUAUUAACGAUUUUAUACCUGAAAUGAGCUAAAGCGAUGAGAUAAGAGGUCGCCAAAGAAAAUAAAUAAAUUUGGUAUUAUUAAAAUAUUGUGGGUACAGGUAAACCUCAGAUGACAUGGAUUGGAAGUUUUAGUUUUUUAUAAUUAAAAAUACUUUAAAAAAUUAAUUACUGCGAUUUUUAAAACUUUUUAAAUUUUAAAUUUUUAGUUUUAGCAAAUAAUUUAAUUAAUAAAAAACACUGCUUACAAGGACUCAAUAUGAUAGUUAUUCAAUAUGAAAUUCAAAUAUAACAAUUAAAAAAAAAUAUAUAUUUUUUAUAAAAUUACAGUUUAAAGUUCUUAGAAAAUUUCUUUAUUUGAGAAGUUCGGUCUUUGAAGUGUCAAAACAUUGACUUUUUGAUACAAAUUUAAUAUUAUAUGCAAUAUUAGUACCGAGUGUGAAUCAGAGAGAGCUAGCUUGAAGAGACAGUAGCGAGUAGAUACAUGUUGUAUAUGACAUUUUAAAAGAGAAUGAUUGAGUGUUAUUUGCCAAUAUCAUAAAACUUGCAUACUUGUUUAGACACAGCAUUAAACAUCGGUGGAUAAAGUGUGACAAAUAAUUUUAUUAAAUGGGAAAAUAUUCAGGUUCUAAAUUUUGCAAUCGUUUUUCGAAGAAAAGAAUGGAGAAGAGAAAAGACUAGGGCGUUUCGCGUCUUCUCUUGUUCUAGAAACACGAUACGAAUUAUUAAACUAAAAUCUGGCUGAUUUCUGUGGGGAUUGCCGUGAGUUAGAGCUGUGUGAAGUAUGUUAAGAUAAAAUUUUGCUUCUACAAAUAAUAAAACUAACAAGAGAUACUCGCAUAUACUUCAUAGAACUCUCUUCAUUUAUAUUGAAAAGGUAAAAUUUUUCAUAGCAAAUAAAUGACAGAUGGGUUUUUAGUCGUUCUCAUCUGCUUUUCCUUCUUUUUAUUAUUAUUAUAAUAUAUUAUUCUAUGACUUUCCCUCUUUUUUUUCUUGCAAAUCGAUCUUUCGUAAAGCUAUGGUAUAUCAACAAAAAUAUUGAACCAGCGAAAUAUUGCGCAAUUAUAUUGUUUUCGCAGCAUUCAAAGCAUGCAUUGUAGCGUAGUCCUUGUUAUAUGAUGUUUACCUGUAAACGAUAUUUUUUUAAAGAACAGCAAAUUGCUUACACCCCCCCUUAUUGUAUUUUUGAGUGACGUUAACAAAAAACGUCAUAACAAAAUUAGUCAAAUUAUUGAACUGAAUUGUCAUGAAGCAGUUUGUAUGCGGAUUGUUUCAUUUUGUCACUAUUUUUACGCACAGCAACUGUCACGAACAAUAACAACUAAUUUACCAUAUAUUUUAUAACAUUUAUAUAAAAGUGCAAUUUAUUUAUCCAAAAAUUUGCGCUUGCCAAUACAACACUAGCUUUACUUAAAUUACUUGGAGCUAAAUUUUCACAACAACAACAAUAUAUGUAUUUAGUGCGCAAAUAAGCCUUUAGCCUUUAUUCCAUAUAGCUUUCCCUUCAGCUGUGCUGUAGAAACUAAAAAACCAAAGCAGAAAUAAUUAGAAAGAGAAGAAUAUAAGAAAAAAGGAAAAUAAAAUAAUGAAAAUUAGUAACCUAUUCUUAUGGCUGACAAAUUAAUUGGAUUUUAAUAGCAUAAAGUGGAGAAUUGCAUUAGGAGCAGUAGUUGCAAAUUUGUACAAUAAACUAAAUUAGUGGCACAAACACACACAUAACUGCAUAUUAUAUAGUAAAAAUUAUGAAAAAAGAGCAAAGAAAAUGCUAAAAAUUAAGUAUGUAUAUACAUGAGCAUAUAUGUAUAUGUGUGUAUGUGUUUACAUGUAAAACUGAAAACAACUUAUGUCGAGUUACUAGAAUUAAAAAAAGCUGUCAAGCUACAGGCAGACAAAUGUUUAAGCUAAAGUGUUGAAAAAAAAUAACAUUAAGGAAAUUAAAAUAAAAAAUUUAUUAAUUAAAAUUAAAAAAAAACCAAUAAUUAUUAAAAACGAUAAUAAAAAAUUUAUAAAAUUAAAAAAAUAAUUAAUAAAAAUUUUAAAAAUAAUUAUAAAAUUAAAAACAAAAUUGUAAUAAUUUAUAAAAAUUAAGGUCUAAGCUAUUUCUAUUAAUGAAAUUAAACGAAAUUGUAAAAUGAAUUGCUAAGCAAACACUUUUUAUAUAAAGGAACAAGCAGUCUAGCAAAAGUGUGACAAAUAUUUAUAUACACACAUAUAUAUAUACAAAAAUAAAAUAUAUAUAUAUAUAUAUUCCAAUAAAUGGUAUAUAUAUAUGGCGCAAAACAUAUCAGUAUAUUAUUAUAACGACUAUUAUUACAAUUAUUAAACCAAAAGAUGAUAUUAUUAAUAUGAAUUUGUACUCAACAGUUUUAUAAAAUUGGCUCUUAUAGAUGGAAAACAACAAAAACUACUAAAAACACAACAAAAAACUAUGAUUAUCGUCUAAGCAUGUAUUAACGAAAACUAAAAUAAAUAAUAUUGAAAUUAUGUAUACAAAUACACAUAUAUAAACUUAAGCUGAAUAUAUAGAAAGUUAUUAUAUACACACCAAUACAUAUGUAACAGUUUAAAUUAAUAAUAACUGAACAUUAAUAAGUGUUUGCAAUGUCAAUGAAUUACUAAAACAAUAACAGUAUAUCUGUAUCUCCAAAAAUUAAAUAAUACACACACAUACACACUUAUCCAAACACACAUACGCAUACAAAUCAUUCACACGCAUAAAUAGUUAGUUACAUAAGCAUAUAACUAUUAAAAGCAUAUAAGUAAAAGUAUCGCAAAAUAUUAACAGUUAUGCAGUAUACUAUAUAUACUAUAUACAUAUAUGUAGUUUAGUUACAUACACACACACGCCUACAUGCAUACAUGUCGUUGAAUAGUAGUGUACUCAAUUAUAACAAUUAUUAAGUAGUUAAUUAAUUAUAUAAUUAUCUAUAAAAUAUAUACAUUAUUAAAUAUACAUAUAAAAUGCAUAUCAAUUAUAAACACUUCUAAAUGAAACGUGAACACUCUGAUUGCUAAAAAAGUAAUGAAAAUACAGAUAUUAUAUAGUUCUAAGACUAGUACUGUAACUAGUUGCACAUUUAUACUUACUUUACUAAGUGUGUAUGGCGUAUUAGGUUAAGUGGGACAAAUAUAAAAUUAAACAUAAAGAAAAACCACAUAUACAUAUAUAUAUAUAUAUAUAUAUAUAUAUCUAUAAAUAUUAAAAAGUAAAUGUAAAGUAAUUUUGUGAACAUACUUGUAUAUGUAAAAUUAAAAAUAAAUAAAAUAAGUUAUGCAAACAGCAUGGAAAGAUGUCAUAAGAUAUAAAUAAAAUAUGAAAUAUAAUAAAAAGUAUAAAUAAACAUGUAUUUUAAUUUGAAAAAAGAAAACAUUAUUAAAUUAAAAAACAAAGUAUAUUAUUAUUUCUAAAUAAAGCCAAUAAAGUAGCGGAAAAAAUGUGUGUAUUAUUUAAGUUUAAAAAACAUUAUGCUGAGCGGUUGCACGCUUGAAACUACAGACAUAGUAGGUUGAAAGCAACAAACAAAAAAACACAACAAACAAUAUUAAAUAAUACUAAUAGUGAUAAUAACAAAUAACAACUAUUAAAUAAUAAAAAAAGGCAAAGAAAUAUUUAAAAAAUAAAACUGGCUUCUGAAGUCCGGCAUAAUAAAUCCCACAGAUACCAGAAAUAAAUACACAGCUCUAAAAAAAAACAAAAAAUGAUAAUAAAUAAUUAAGCGAUAAAAGCCUAAAUAUAAAAAAUAUUAAAAAAAAAUUAAAAAUUGUGUGUUAAAUAUGCAAUGAGUAUAUGCAGUGUAGUAGUAUACCCUGAUGCUUUUCUAUUUGAAUACUAAGUAUUUCGUGAGCAAACAAAAAAUAAAUAAUGAUUAUAAAAUUUUUUAUAUAAAACUAAUAAUGUAGUAUACUAAACUAGUAAAUAUUAGCAUCCCUGCCUAACUAAACGUGUAGCGGUUAUGCCCUAGAACCUCAAAUCAUAUAAAUGAAAAGCUUCUUUUAUAAAUUUCAACAUUAAACAAUAACAAAACCGGUUUAUAUGAUGUUAGUAAAUAAAAUAUGGAGUUACGCAGUUUUUGCUGGCAUUAUAGUGAUGAAGUGGGAAGCUUAACCAAUUGACAGCGGUAUAAAAUAGUGACAAACGGAGAAGUGUUACUUGAAAAUAAUUAUAAAAAGUAUACUUGAAGACUAUCCAUAAUCUUAAUUAUUUAAUUUAAUAAUUAUUUCAAGGCAUUUAAUGAAGUUGUUUUCAAUAGUAUAUUUCGUUAAUUUAAAUAUGUUUGACCACUGCAAUAAUGCCAUUUAAUAUGAUAUACUGAUGUUUAAAACGAAUGUAUGGUAUUUUUCGAAAAUUACAAUAAGGUGGCAACACCAUCAACUAUUUUGAUAUUUAAAUCGCGGAAAUUAUAAUUUGUUGGGAUUAAUAUAAAUUUAAAAGCUAAACUUCGGUAUUGCCAGAUUAUUUUUUUAUAUUGCAUUAUAUAUUAAAUAUAUAAUAAUACCAAGGAAAUUAACAUUAUUUAUAUAAAUAUAAAUUUUAAAGGUAAAUCUCAGCAAAUUUCCAUUAAAAAAUUUGGGGUUGCCAGAUUGUUUUUUUAUAAACGAUGUUUAUGACCACGUAAAUUAUUAUUAUUUUUGAACUAGUUAGUUUUUAUUUUUUGAAAUUUUUUGUUGGAAAUUAUUUUAUAACAACAAGCAGCUGCCUUGUAAAAAAUCUAUAUAUGUAUAUUUCUUUGCAAAAUUGAUUUGAAUAUACUUUGCGCACUAUUGACAUUUUUAUUACAACAAAACAUCUGGGAAAAGUUUUUGAGAUAAAAUAAUUUUUUUUCUAAUUGGCAACACUAAAGCUUAACUAAUUAUACUUCUCUGCAAAAUUAAUUCAAUUAUAAUUGGUGAACUAUUUGAAUUUCUAUUACAACAAAUCUUCUGCGAAAUCAAAUUAUAGCAAAAUACUUUUUUUGGUUCCAACGCUAAAGCUUAACUAAUUACCAAAAAAUUUUUUUGUGAAUAUGGUCUAAAGCCAAAUAAAAUAUAUAUGCUGUCAAUUGGUUGCUUGCCAGCACCUUAACUGCGUGCAACAAAAUUCUAUAAUUAUACAUCCAUACGAAUAUGUAUAUAUAUUUAUCUAUAAAAUAAUACUAAACUAAAAAAAUAAUAAAUAUUUAUAUUUUUAUACAAAUAAAUAAUUAAACUAAAGCUAUAUUACGUACUUUAAAUAAAAAUAAAAUUCCACACAAAAAUCAAAGCUGCAACAAAUGCAUAACAUCACUUACUUUUUAUAUAAAAUGUAUUCUAAUGCAAUUUAUAUUAUUUUGUAUAAAAAGUAUUAAUAUAUAUAUUUUUAUUAAUUUUAAUUUGUAUACAAAACUUUUCAUAUGUGUAACAACAACAGUACGUUAGAGUAUAGUAAGAUUGUAUGUACGUACACAAAUCACUGCUCGCGCAUGCGCAAAGCCUCCUUGCGCACAUAUGGGUGAAUAGUGUAUAUAUGCGUUUAACGAAAAUAUACUGCUUCUUUCUCCAUACUGCUUCGUUUCCAUGUAAUGCCGAUUUAUCAAGUAACUUUGUAUACAUACAUACAUACAUAAAUUCAGUUGAUAAUCUAAUCAGAUAUGUAUAACAUAAAGUUUAGGGUUGAGCUUUUAUGAUUUAUUUGGGUAUUAGUUUUCGUGUAAUUUUUGUAAAAAAGGUGUAUUUUGGAAAUAUAUUUUUAUAUACAUAUAUCUAAUGGCAUAAGCUUCACUCCUAUUUCUAAUCAUUUCACUUUUCUAUGUAUAUAUUUAUUUGUGUGGUUUUAAUCUUGUUGCCAUUUAUAUCCGGUUUUGUGGCUCAAACCAAAUUUAUGAAUGACAGCAGGAUGCCUAUUAUUCUAUAUUUAAAAUAUUACUUUUUCUAAAUUUUUUUUUUCAAUUAAUAUAAUUUACCAUAACUUUUCACAAUUUUGAACAUUGCACGAAAGCUUUGAAUUUAUUGACCCGCAAUCUAUUUAGACCAGUGCAAAAAACUUUGAAAAUGAUAAAUAGUGAAAAACAUUCAUGGUAGGUUGAAACCGAAAUUUACGGUCGAUGAUAAUGAAAAUAUUUACAACUUUUGUAUAACAUCUUUUUUUACAAAACUUCAAAAUUUAUGUGAAUAGUCAACUAUCCAAUGUUUUGGGUUUUUUAUUUUUAUCUUGUACAAGAAAAAUUUCUUUUAAGAAAUUUGAUGUAAACUUGUCCAAAACACACCAAUAUAAAGAGAAAUUUUACUUCAACUAAAAAUCGAAAAAUCUUACUUUUCAAUCAAAAAUGUCGCGUGUAAUAGUUGUUGUUAAAAUCUCUACUUUCUAAAAGUGUAAGGUUGUUAUAAAAUAUACUAUAAUGCAACCCCGGCUAACAGAGUAAUGAAAAAAGGUUUUACAUUCAGAUAAUCUCAAGCAUUUGUUGGUGUGACAAUACCAAAGGCAGAUUUUGAAGUGUAAACUCAAAGUUAGUACUAUAUAUGUAGAUCCGACUUAUUUAAUAAAAAAAGUAAGCUUUUAAGGUAUAAGUUAACAAAACAAUAAUUUUUCUUCGUCAACAUCCACUUAAACUUAUUUAAAGAAAUCAAAUAAUUUGGGGUUAAGAUUUAAAGAAGAGCUCAUCAGAUCUCGCCCGUUGUGAAAAUUAUUAGAUCACGCGAAGAAAUUUUAGGUGAAUAUUUUGGGUAGUGAGAUCGAAGACAAAUGGGAAAGGCUUAUUUAUACUUACAUCGUAUUACUAUGCUGAGUGUGGUAAAUGGGGCUAUUAUAGUUCUCUUACAUCAAAGAGUCGAAAUGCUACUAAAGUUACAGGGAAAGAGGCACUACGUACAGCAGAUUAAGACAUAUGGGUGUGUUAUGUUGAGUAAUCAUAGAUAAGAGAAACUUCUUGUACUGACUUUCCAGUCUAGUGAGUGUUGUACAUAUACUCAUUAGAAUCUGUCUUAGUGACAUGUAAUAUAAGUAUGUCUUUAGCUGAAGCAAUACUAACUUGGUGAUGAUUAUGUGCGUGUUUCUUUAGUAGAAAUUAUUACUAACUCUUAUUCUGAGAUAUAAAUUUUAAUGUGUUUUUAAAGCAUAAAAAAAUAUUCUUAGGGCUAUAAAUGAUAGUUUGUUUUAACUUUCGUUAUUGAAUAAAAUUGUAUUUUUUUGUUCCACGAAAACUUUGCUCAUCUAUUUCGGAAAUACUUCCAUUCGGUUUGCAGCCUUAGUGAUAAGAUGGCGUUUAUAGAUUUUUAUUAUUAUUUAUUAAUAUUUUUUUUAAAUUUCUGCUAUUAUAAAUACUUGGAAAAUAAAUUCGAAAAUAAUAUAAAUAAUUUUGAUCGCUAAUUACAUUCUAGAUAUUUUACAAAAAUAUGUGUUUAUAUGUAUACAAAUAUAUAAUUUAUACACUUAUACUCUUUAUAAAUUUAUUUAUUUAAUUUUCACUGAUUAACAAUUUUUAUUUGUUAAAGUACAAAUAAUUUGUAUAGUUCAUAAACUUACGUUUGUUCAAACUCACGCAAAAUACUACUAGCGUUAGUAAAUGUAAAAAAUAAAUACAGUUGCGUCAAUAAAUUCUUUGUUAUUGAAAAUUAUAAAAAAAAGAUAGCAACAAAUAGACAUACAUACAUAUUAUUAAAUAUAACAUAAAUUAUAUCAGCUAUGACAUCUGAUAAUAAAAGGUAAAUGUUUAAUUGAAUAAAAAACGAAAAUGUAAGAGCAAUGAAAGCGUCGGAGAGUUCACAAUGACGAGAGCUGAGAGUGGCGGAGCAGAAAUGCAUUGAAAGCACAAGCGCACGUGUCGCAACAUUUGUAUUGCACUGUGUUUAAAUACGGUAAAUUCAAUAAGAAAGCACACAACAAUAACAACAACAACUACCACAAAACAAUGUAAACAAAACACAAAAAAGCCGAUGACAGAUGAAACAAUGUUACUCAAACAAUCAAAUACAAUAAAUGAAGCAAACGAAAAAUGCACGAACGCACACAUUGAAACAAAAACAAAAAA